GAUAGAAAUUUUGGCGCACGCGAAGCGCUGGUUUUCUUUCGAUUGAUGGUUUUGUGGAAUUUGGUUGUUAAGUAUAGUAAAUUAAACGAAUAAUGAAGAUAAGUGCGGGUGCACACUCGGAAACGGAUGGUGUGGGUGCCCAAUCAAAUGUAUCGUUCAAUGCUGAUGGGGGUACAGCUACCGGGGACGCGGCUGCAGGCAACGCCGAGUCCGUAGCAUCCCAGAUAACGGAGCAUCCAGAAAAGGUACAGGAGAAGCGGAGAAAACGCAGCAAAAUUGUGGCUCAUGGUGGCGACUCUGUGACAGAGUUAACCGAAAACGACUUGAAUGGCUCUUUGAGUCCGAAAAACGCGCCAUUCGCCAUAAAAAAACAGAAGCGUCUCUCAGCGUUAAACAGAAAGCGCGAUUUAAUUAAUUUGCAGUCGGCAUUGAGCCCAAAAUACAUUGGCUAUGCGAAUGCCAACUCCCCGACGCCAUUGUCCGACUCGGACGACACUGUGCGCACAACGCGUCGUCGCCUCACUCAAGCAGCAGCCCGCAACAGCAGCAACAACAACAACCACUGCGAGCUGCAGCCCAGGGACAAUGACGCGGCAACAGAAUCACCAAAGACCUUGGAAGGGACACCGCUGGUAGAUCGCAGUGAAAGCAAAAACUACAUAAGCCCCAUCGAAAAGCUUCUAAUGAAAAAUGGCGCCAGCUCGCCAAACAGCACAGGCUUCGAAACAGAUCCUGAAGACGUGGCACCUCUAGCCACCCGCCUGCAUCUGAGACGUAAACUGAAGCGGGCUGCAAAAACGAGUCCGCAGGAAGAUCGGACAGAGGAAGCAACAACUACAGAGAUGAUAGAACAGAUAGAGACGACUACAGAGAUGGAAAAGAAGACAGAGGAAGCAGCGACUACAGAGAUGGAAAAGCGGACAGAGGAAGCAGCGACUACAGAGAUGGUUAAAAAAGAAGAACCAACUUUAGUCGCGGAAAAUCAGAAAGAAGAAGCAAAUGACAAAAUUGAAAAACAAAAUGAAGAAUCUACUUCAGAGAUGGUAGAGUCCCCACAGAAAGUUCCUUCUGUGAGGGAAGAGCCAAUGGAAAUAACCGAUUUACAACCAAAAGAAGUCUCCGCUGCUAAAAUCGAAGACACCGUCCCCCUCAGCACGGAUGUAAACUCCGAGUCGGAGUCUCGGGAUUCUUCCUGCGAUGUGGUCAGUAGCAGCAGGAUUUCGUUAAGCAACGAAAACGCACAAGACUUGCCCGGCGAGCCUACCGAUACGAGUAGCAAAACCAUUGAGUCCACUGGCGAACCGAACGACCCUGAUCCUGACCCAGACCCAGACUCUGAAUUGGGGUUUGCCUUGCCAGCGGCAACAUCAACAGACAUGAAAUCCCCUGGGGAGCUGAGCCCGACAGCCUUCCGGCAGCCAGAGGACAACGGAUACGUGAAGUCGCCAUCUUCGGUGAGCCUGGACAGCGCCAAGGGUUUGUCCAUAGUUACGGAUCCGGGCUGGGGCACCUAUCAGGUGGGUGAUCUGUAUUGGGGCAAGGUAUUUUCGUACUGCUUCUGGCCGUGUAUGGUAUGCCCGGAUCCGUAUGGUCAGAUUGUGGGCAACCUUCCGGCCCAUCCGCAGCGCACGUCGACGGACAACGCCCCCUUGCCCAUCCAGGUGCAUGUGCGCUUCUUUGCCGACAGCGGGCGGCGCAACUGGAUUAAGCCCGAGAAUCUCCUGAGCUUUGCCGGCCUCAAGGCAUACGAGGAGCAGCGCGAGGAGGUGCGCAUCAAGCAUGGCAACAGGAGCGGCAAGUACCGAACCAUGGUGCCCAAGCGGACGAAACUAGAUGUCUGGCGGCAGGCCAUCGACGAGGCCCAGCUGGUGGCCCAAGUGCCCUACUCCGAGCGACUGGAGAAGUUCUAUCAGAUUUAUGAGAGCGUUGUAACCAUUAACAAACAGAAACGGAAGCGCACCAACUCCAUGACGCAGGACACGUCGGAUGUGGGUAGCAGCCUGUACGACUCCACAGACAACUUGCAUGCCAAGGCCCAUCUGCAGCUGGUGAACGUGAAGCGCGAGCGCUCAGAGACGCCCAUAAGUCCCGCCUUCUCGCCCGUCAAGAAGAGUCAGAUGCGUACCAAGCGACGAAAGCUGAGCAAAGGAGCUGAGGCGGAGACUGGCGGCGGCACCGUGCCAUCGGAAAGUGUGGCAGGCGCGGAGAAGAAUAUCACUCCCUCCAAUUCGGGGGGCAUCUAUGAGAAUGCAGAGUUUCGUCAGCUAUUCGAUGCGAUCCAGGAAUAUGUGAUGGUCCAUCGUCACGACGAGAAAGUUGAAAAGGUGCUGCGGGCCGUUGUGGGCAAUAUCUGGUCAUUGAAGCAGAUCCAGUUGCGCGAACUAGAGCGAGAGUUGGCCUACGGCGAAAUGGAUCAGGAACAGCUUGGAUCGGCAGUCGUUGAACGGGGCACCGGCACCACCCAGCGGCUGUCCAAUCGCCUGAAAACGCUGGUGGAGCGACGAAGCCGUACACCAGUGGUCACGCCCAGUGGUACGCCGACACCCAGCACCAUCGGUGGUGCGGAGAUGCGUCUUGCGGAAAUUUCCAAGCCGAAAAAGCCAGUUAAUCGGCCCAUCGAGGAGGUGGUCGAAGAUAUAUUCCAGCUGGACAGCAAGUACCUAUUCCGCGGCCUCCCCCGCGGCACCGUCUGUAAGUAUUGCUUCAAAACCGGCUCGAAUCUGCUGCAGUGCUCGCGGACCUGCCACAGCUGGAUGCAUGCCGAUUGCCUGGAGAGCAAGAGGAAUGGCCUGCCCGCAUCCAAAAAGGAAGGACAGAAGCUUAAAGCUUUGGAAGAUGUGUCCACAUCCUCCUCCACCACGCGGCCCGUUCCCGCAGCGGAGCACAUAACAGGCGAUGCGCCGGACGCUUUAGCCACUAUCGCUACUGCUGCACCAACUGCUCCCACCUUUGAAGUGAUCUGCCAUGAGUGCAAUGUGAACGGAGAAGCAAGCUGUUGCAUUUGCCUUCAGGUGUUGCCGCCCGCAUACCCCUCGCCGUCCCCCGGCUCGCCGCUCAAAGAAGGCUCGAGCGAAGCAAAGGAAGCCACACCAGUGGACGGCACGAUGAUAAUGUGUGGCCAAAACCUGUGCGGCCGCCAAUACCAUGCCGGAUGCUGCAAAUACUGGCCACAGGCGAUCGCCAGCAGCUCGCUGACCCGCUGCCCCCUGCACGUUUGCCACACGUGCGUCUCGGACAAUCCCCGUAAAUUCCUACCGGUGGGCAGCAGCAAGCUUACGCGCUGCGUCAAAUGCCCAGCCUCGUACCAUCAGGACUCGCGCUGCAUACCCGCCGGCAGCCGGAUGCUGACCACCACGAACCUCAUCUGCCCGCGACACAAUGUGGCCAAGAACGAUGCCCACUUGAAUGUCCUGUGGUGCUUCAUCUGCGUCAAGGGCGGGGAACUGCUGUGCUGCGAGACCUGUCCCAUUGCCGUGCACGCGGGCUGUCGCAAGGUACCGAUCAAAAAGCACGAGAACUACAUCUGCGAGGAGUGCGAGAGUGGACGACUGCCGCUCUAUGGGGAGAUCGUUUGGGCAAAGUUCAACAACUUUCGGUGGUGGCCGGCCAUAAUCCUGCCGCCCACGCAGAUACCGAACAACAUUCUCAAGAAGGCCCACGGCGAGAGUGAGUUUGUGGUGCGAUUCUUCGGCACCCACGAUCACGGAUGGAUACCACGACGACGUGUCUACCUGUAUAUCGAGGGCGAUACUGGGGAGAAGCUGAAGCCCAGGUCGCAGCUGCACCGAAAAUUCUAUAACGGCAUUGAGGAGGCCACGCGAUUUCUGAAAAUCACCAAGGCCAGGCGCCACGAGCAGAUGGUUGCGCGCGGUAUUAAGUUGAAUCCGCAACCAUAUGUGAAAAUCAGGAUCAACAAGGCAGUGCCGCCGGUGAAGUUCAUCACGAAUUCGGAGGAACACAGCACAUGUGAUUGCCGGCCCGAGGAUGAGCAUCCGUGCGGCGCCAACUCCAACUGCCUCAAUCGGAUGCUGUUCAACGAAUGCCAUCCCGAGUACUGUCGGUGCGGCGACCGAUGCGAAAAUCGCAUGUUUGAGACCCGCAAAUCGCCCCGCAUGGAUGUGGUCUAUAUGAAUGCCCGUGGAUUCGGGCUUGUCUGUCGUGAGCCCAUCGCCGAGGGCGAUUUCAUCAUCGAGUAUGUGGGGGAGGUGAUCAAUCAAGAGGAGUUCCAACGGCGCAUGCUCCGGAAGCAAAAGGAUCGCGACGAGAACUUCUACUUCCUUGGCGUUGAGAAGGAGUUCAUCAUCGAUGCCGGCCCAAAGGGAAACCUGGCCCGUUUCAUGAAUCACUCAUGCGAGCCCAAUUGCACUUCACAAAAAUGGACUGUCAACUGCACCCAUCGUGUGGGACUCUUCGCCAUUCAAGACAUUCCAGCGGAGACGGAGUUGACGUUCAAUUAUCUAUGGGAUGAUCUGCUGAAUGACAAAAAGAAAGCCUGCCACUGUGGCUCGGAACGCUGUUCCGGGGAGAUAGGCGGCAAGCUUAAAGAUAAGCCCAGCAAUGUAAAGCUGAAGCAACAGCAACGCAGCAGAGGAGCUGCCAUUCGAAUCCAUGUACCUCCGGCCAAGAAGGCAAAGAAGUCUGUUCCCAAGAUCAAGCACGUGAGCGCCGACGAUGAGCUCGAAGAGGCUAAAAAGGAUCAGUAAAACGGAAGGAAGCGAGGAUAUUUUUUGUAAUUUUUUUUGUUUGUUUUGAUUGCGCCGCUCUUUUAUGGCUGGAUGGAUACCAACCGAUGAGGACGAUAUAUACUAUUUUUUAUUUUUUAUUACGCGCAUAUUUAUUCCUUUUAUGUUACGUUUAUCAGAUACCCGACAAAUGAGUGAGGUCACGCAAGAAUUAGUUUUCAUUUCAAAAUAAAACACGAUACCAUACGUAA